AUGCGUUUGACUGAACUGUACCACGCGUACGAGGAGUAUAAUGAAGAGCUCGCAAUGCUAGAUUCGAGCGACGCGUAUGUUGAGGAAUUCGAGAAUCUUCAGGAUCGUUUUUAUAAUCUCACGAGUAAGAUCGAAGAUAUGUUUAAUGCUACGGGUACUUCGAGCGCUAAUUCCAGCGUAUCGCAUGAUGAAACGCGAGUCAAUAAUGAUGAAAGCGUGACAAGGAAGAGACGAAUUAAAUUACCUGAGGCGUCUCUUCCAACGUUCGACGGCCGUUUCGAAGGCUGGUUAUCAUUUAAAAACGCGUUUCAAAAUAUGAUCAGUUCGCAUUCGGAUUUAUCGGAUGUCGACAAGCUGCAUUAUCUGAAAUCAGCGUUAACAGGUGAUGCUGCGCGUAAAAUAAAUAUAUUCACGGUAGAUAAAAUUAAUUACGAUAAGGCAUGGGACUUGCUUGAGCGUUCCUACGAAGUGAGACGUAUUUUGAUAGAUCGACAUAUUUCCUCAAUCCUGAAUUUACCCCCUCAGGAGAGAGAGACCACGAGCGGUUUUUCGAAGCUCGCGCAGCAGCACGUCGCGGCUUUAAACGCGUUAGGCAUUUCCAUCACGCCCGAAGUAGUUGUGCACGUUUUAAGAAGCAAGCUACCAAAAGCGACAUUGGAAAAGUGGGAAGCGACUCUCGAAAUGAAUGAAUGUCCGGGACUUGACCAAAUGUACGAUUUUUUAUACAAAACUGCGGUAUGUGCAUCUAUGCGUGAGAGGACACUGGAAUUAGAGAAAUGCAAGGGCGAACCUCCCGCGAAAAAGAAGCGUUUUCAACCAGAAAACAAGGCUUUCGUGUCAAAUAUUGGUCGCAAGGAAAACAAUUGCAUCGUGUGUAAAUCGAAGCGGCAUCCGCUGUAUCUAUGCGACAAAUUUAAACAAUUGCCGAUACCCAAGCAUAUUGAAACAGUGAAGGGCGCGAAGCCUUGCCAAAAUUGCAUGCGUUCUCAUCGCGAUCGCCCUUACAAAUUUUCAAGCUGUUCGAUUUGCCAGAAGCGUCACAAUACGCUUCUUCAUAUUGAGGGAUACGCAGGCAAGUCUAAUUUGAAAAACGAUGUCGAUUAG